UCUCGGCGACGGCCGAUUGGUUGGCUAAAGCGGAACUGCGCGCUGAUUGGUGGAGGCGUCGCGAGUUUGAAACAUUCAAACGGAGUGCGGGAGCGGGCCGGAACGGAAGGCAGAGGAAGCGGGGCCGGGACCCGGGAUCGUGUGCGAGCCGCGCCGGGAGCAGGCCGAGCCGAGUCCAGCCCAGCAAAGCGCUGCGCGUGAGCCCGAGGAAGCGCCCCAGGACCGCCAUGGCCUCGCAGAACGCCGACCCCGCCGCCGUGCCCAGCGCCGCCGCCCGCAAAGGGGCUGAGGCGGGGGCCACGGCCGCCCGCGGCUCUGUGGGAAAGAGGCUGCAGCAGGAGCUGGUGGCGCUGAUGAUGUCCGGCGACAAAGGCAUCUCCGCCUUCCCCGAGUCCGACAACCUCUUCCGCUGGAUCGGCACCAUUGACGGCGCGGCGGGCACGGCCUACGAGGAGCUGCGCUAUAAACUGUCCCUGGAGUUCCCCAGCGGAUACCCCUACACCGCGCCCACGGUGCGCUUCCUCACACCCUGCUACCACCCCAACGUGGACGCGCAGGGCAACAUCUGCCUCGACAUCCUGAAGGAGAAGUGGUCGGCGCUGUAUGACGUGCGCACCAUCCUGCUGUCCAUCCAGAGCCUGCUGGCGGAGCCCAACAUUGACAGCCCACUGAACACGCACGCUGCUGAGCUGUGGAAGAACCAGGCUGCCUACAAGAAGUACCUGCGGGAGAUGUACGGCAAGCAGGCUAAGAGCCAGGAGACCUGACCCCCACCGCACCACCCCCUUGCCCCUGUCUGCUGCGCCUUUCUGUAUUAUAGACUGUUUUUAACUUAAUUUUUGAGUGCGAGCUAACGUUAAUGUAUAAAUAAAUGCAUGUCUAUAACUUC